GUCUCCGCCUUUUCAGGUACCGCUUUCAUCUCCUUUGAAAAAAAGUUCGGAGGAGGCGGUGCUACGACUCAGUCCUCCAGUGAGAAGAAGAGCGAGAGACCAAGGGGGCGUGGCCUCCGUGAGGAGAGCGCGCGGUGGCUCCGCCCACCCCUCCGGCUCGGGAGGUGCCAAGGAAAGUUCACUCAGAAGCAACCAGGUGGAGGUUGGGGUCACUUGUCUCUGUCAAACGGGGUCGGAGAGAGAGAGAGAGAGGCAAGGGAGGAGUGGGCAGUUCGGGAUGAACGGCGUGACCCAGCCGCUCUUCGACUGUAAGCAACGCGUGCUGCUGCUGGGCAACAGUUUCGAGAGGAAGCCGCGUUGUGCCUUCCACACUGUGCGCUAUGACUUCAAGCCUGCCUCAAUUGAUACAAGUUGUGAAGGAGAGCUUGAAGUUGGUAAAGGAGAACAGGUGACAAUAACUUUGCCAAAUAUUGAGGGUUCUACUCCACCUGUAACAGUUUUCAAGGGUUCCAAGAAGCCAUAUCAAAAAGAAUGCAUCUUGAUAAUUAACCAUGGUACUGGAGAAUGUACACUAGAGAAGCUUAGUAGCAAUAUCACUGUGAAGAAAACCAGAGGUGAAGGAAGCAGUAAGAUUCAGUCUCGUCUUGAGCAGCAGCAACAGCUAAUGAGAAACACAAAUAAGAUUUCCAACAGUGCCAGAUGUUCUCCACCAAAAGAGAAGAUAUCAUCACCUUUUCCUAUGGAUGAUAUAGAAAGAGAGCUUCAAGCAGAAGCUAAAGUAAUAGAGCAGAUGAGUAGCUCUGAGAGUUCAUCUGAGUCCUCAUCAUCAUCCAGCAGUGAAAACAGUUCCAGUGAUUCAGAAGAUGAAGAGACAAAGCCAUCCUUUCCCCUGUCAGUGCCAGAACAGGCCAUCCCAGACGUUGGUGCAGGCUAUCAUAGACAUCAAGAGAGCAGUGGCCACUUAAUGAAUACUCUGCGAAAUGAUCUUCAGCUGAGUGAGACUGGAAGUGACAGUGAUGACGACUGAGGACAUGUUGGUGUUCUAAAGGUCCAUCAUUUCUCUUGCUUUAGAUGAAGAGGCAUCUGUUUUGCACUAAGUUGAAAAUGAUAAAAACAGAGGAAUGUUACUAACUUUAAUAAACUUGACUUAAUUUAUCUGACUUCAAGUACAGCAGUAUGUCUGUAUAUGUCGUUUCCAAAUGUCUGGGUCCUGGUAUUUAUCGUUAGGUGUAUGUAUCUGGAGUAUCUUUUACUACCUCCUUUACUUAAAAUUUCAAACAGCUGACUUCUGUAUGAAAGUUAGAUAUGGAAGAAGUUCCAGACAGUUUGAAUUAAAGUUUUACUUCAGAACUUGUAUGUAUGUAUACAUAUAAAUAGGAGAAAGCAAACAGUUGAAAUCUGUUACAUUUUUAUUAUUUGAAGCUGGCCAUAUAAAAUUAGUUGCCAAACAAUAUAGUGGAAUUCAUUCUGUGUAAUAUUUUAUGUAUCAUCACAGUCUGUUUCAUAGUCUGCAGAGUCUCUGGUGGGUCUUACUCAGUUCCUCUUGUAACAAAUUUGAAUCACCUGCAAGGUACAUCUCCUUGCUUGCUAAAUGUUGAUUGCUGAACAGUGUCAGUGUGUCUUUUUAAAAUCAUGUCAAGAUCAAUAUACUACUUUUGAUAGCAGUUUAAGAACUAAUAAAAUAUUUAUCAUUUCACUGAAA